AUGAGUUCCAGUUUUUACCUGAAUCCUAAUUACAAUGUAACCUACAUUUAGGGUCCCAUGCUAAUCCAAUCCUACCUAAAGAAACUUAAAAGUGCCAAAGCGAAAGCCCGAUUUUUAUCAAAAUUCACUAAGAGAUGGUUUACUUUGAAUUUGACUUCAGGGAUCUUUUUUUAUACCAAGAAAGAAGGCGACAAAAAGCCUGUGGAAACUCACAGUGUAAAUGAUUUAGUCGGCUUUGACCCUAACCCUCGAGUCACAAUGGUUUCUGAUUGAAAAUUCGUGUUUUCAGUUGAAUUCAAUACGAGAACAUAUAUAGAGCAUAGCUUAUUUUGGAUUUUUUAAUGAAAAAUGCAGUAAAAUUGACUAUAAAGUGCCUUUUCAAUGAGAAAAAAGUUAAUUUAUAAAUUUUGGAUUGGGCCAGUCUGUCAAAUAUGGCACUAAAAGCCACUUUUCCUUUUGUUGGGGUUUAAAAGGAUUUAAACGAAGAUCCAUGCUAUACAUUGCAUACAGAUACAUUAUCUAUACAUAGCGAAUGAUGCAUAGCCUUUAAAGCCUUAUUAACAAGGACAUUAGCGAAUCUGCCCUCAGAAAAUUUGACUGCCUUUUCUCGAGAUGGAGCAGGACCACCGCAAAAUCAUCAAGAAGGGUUAGACCUGGCUCCAAGAAACUCUUUUGAAAAUCAAGGCAAUGAGUAUAACAAUACAAAUCCUGAUGAAAAUCAAGGAGAAGUAGAACCAAAUUUAAAAAACAAGCAAAAAAAUAGCAUUGGAUUAGCAAGAAGGUCGUCGAUGACUGAAAAAUCAAGCUUCCCGAGUCACCCUGACGAAGUUAUAUUUGAAGAAACCCCAAAACAUCCUGCCGCAAAAGAAAUUACCCCAAUUGUCCCAGUUCACCAGAGAAAGGAUUCUCAAACUUUUCAAGAAAAUUACCCAAAAGAUCCAAUGCCACAGCGAAAAUUGUCAGAUAACCCUAGAGAGCAAGAGCCUCAAAAAGCUGACCCGAGACAAUAUUAUACCCAAGCAAGGGAAGCUGAUAGCCAUAGAAAUGAAAAUGAACUUAGGUCUAUAAAUUAUAUAGUAAAAUAGAUAAAUAAAUAUGCCUAUUUCUGAUAUAUAUCAUAAAUUAUGCUAGCCAAUUUAUAUAGUAAUCAAAACAUCCAAAUAUUUUUAAUGGGAAUAUAUAAUUAAUUUGCUAUUUAUAAAGAAAAUUUGCAAGCAAUGAUAAUUAAUUUAGAUAAUAAAGAAUAAUGAGAGAAAUGAAAAUCCGUUUAGACAGGCAGAGAGGGGCAGAGAAGAAUACCCUCAGCAGGGCUAUCCACAACAAUAUCAACAAGAAGAAGACUUAAAUAUACCGCCACCUCCGCCAUUAAUUAGAACAGGCUCUAAAACCCCUGAUGAGUACGAACAAAGGAGCCAAAACGCUGAGCUGAGAAAUCCUGAAUACUCCCAAUAUGAGCAAGCGCCUCGAAAAAGCAGCGGAAGCAGGAUUUCUCCUACAAGAACCCGAGAUUCCCCCAUCAGAGCUAUAGCAAUUGCCCGAGGAUGGCGCUAUCUUGCGCCAUCCUCGGGCAAUUCAAUUCAAAAAUGGUCCCACACCGGGAAUCGAACCCACGUGUGGGGCCAUUUUUGGUGUGUGGCCAACAUCGACUUACACGCACCAAAAAUGGCCCCACACGUGGGUUCGAUUCCCGGUGUGGGGCCAUUUUUUGAAUUGCCCGAGGAUGGUGCAAGAUAGCGCCAUCCUCGGGCAAUUCCUAUACUGAACAUUAUCAAGUCCUUGAAGAAAAGCACCCAAGAAAAAGCUCAAGCCCAGUUUCUCCAUCUCGAAACACCCGAGCUGAAGAAAGAUAUCCAGAGCCUAAUUAUCCUCCCAGACAGCCAAACGAGCCUAUAAUUUCGCCUGUCAGAGUCCACGAAAAAUUAUCUGAGCACAAAAUCGACAGAUCUGAGUACGCCACAAACCCAGUAACCCACCAAGACUAUAUAAACUCAGGAGGCAUUUAUGAAAAAAAAAUUGUUUUAGACCUAGAAAGACCAGAAGAUAAAAUUCAAAGACCACCAGAAAAAAAUAGCCGAAUUGACUAUGUAGACCAAUACAAAUUGACGGUAGGAAUCAAAGAAGACGUAAAAAAAAUCAGAAGGGACAGGCUUGAAGAAAAACAGCCUGCCAGCAAGCUAAAAUUUGAUAAUGAGUCGUCAUCUCCUGCAAGGCCUGAAAGUACAGCAGAUACAGAGCAUAUGAUCUGUUUUUUCUUAUAAAUUUCUAUAAAAAAUAUAGGAAAUUUAAAUAUUUAUAUAAAAAAUAUAGCCAUGAUCUCUACUUUUGCAAGAUCAGAUUCUCUCAAUAAAGACGUCAGUCCGAACCCAAGAUUUAUGGAGUCUUUUAAAACGCAGACCGGGAUGAUGGACCUUCUUGACGAUUUCGAUAAAAUUGGACUAAAUGAAGUCCAAGUCAGACCAAGAAUGUCCGCUACAAAUAAAGCAAGAAAACCAGUCAAUUUUCAAACAAAUGAAGAAAUCAGUGCUCAGACGUUCUACAAUGAAAGACCGGCAACACAAGCUCAAAGGCCAGCAGAAAUAAGACAAGAAGGACUGAUCAGGAAAAAUUUCAAAGCUCCAAACCAGAGCAUGGAAUCAGCAAAUCAGGAGCCGAAACCAAGUUUUAAUAUGAAAAUUAAGAAAAACCCUGGGAUGAACAAGGCUGGCAUGACGUUAAAUUCGUUUUCAUUUAAAGGGCACUCCACUUAUCAGGAGAAAACCAAUAUCCAGCCAUCUAAAGAAGAAAUCAAUAACUGGGAUUGGGAUUAA